ACCUUGUCGACAAAGCUUCGGACAGCUUGGCAACGGCCAUGGCGGAACAAGUCGCCCAAGAUGCACGGCGGGCCUUCGAGACUGCUCAACUACUCACAUCUGAUCAGCGAAUCGAAGCAUUGUCGGCCCUCAGAGCGGCACUAGCAUCAGCUCGCGAUGAGAUUCUCGCUGCAAAUGCAAGAGACAUGCAGACCGCCAAUGACGGGGUAGCAGCUGGCAAAUUGAGCGGCUCACUUGUCAAAAGACUCAAUUUACGCUCGUCGCCUACGAAAUUCGACGAAGUACUGCAGGGAAUAAGCGAUGUGGCUUCUUUGCCCGAUCCGCUGGGGAAAGUGACGUAUGCUACAAAGAUGGAUGAAGACUUGGAGCUGUAUCGGAUCAGCUGCCCCAUCGGCGUCCUGCUCGUUAUUUUCGAAGCGCGACCCGAAGUCAUGAUCAACAUCGCUGCACUCGCCAUCAAGUCAGGCAAUGCAGCCAUACUCAAAGGCGGCAAGGAAUCACUAGAGACUCAAGAAUGUCUGACGCGGAUCAUGUCUGACGCGUUGGCCAAGACUGCUCUGCCACGCAACUUCAUCCAGACCGUCAGCACGAGGGAAGACAUAGCAGCCUUGUUACAUCAGGACAAAUACAUCGAUCUGGUCAUGCCCAGAGGGUCAAAUUCGCUGGUGAAGUACAUACAACAAGAGAGCAGGAUGGCGGUGAUGGGUCAUGCGGAUGGGUUGUGCUCUAUCUAUCUCGAUCAGUCUGCUCAGCUCGCCAAAGCCAUCAAAGUCGUCAUCGAUGCAAAGAUCUCGUACCCUGCCGCUUGCAACGCGGUAGAGACGCUACUCGUCCAUAAGAGCUUACUCGAUACGCUAUGGCCAGAAGUAGCAAAAGCGCUCCUUGCAUCUAAUAUCGAGCUACGCCUUGCACCAGAAUGCAGGGCCGCUUUGCACGCUCUACCGCAAAGCAAUCUCAUCCUACAAGCGACGCCAGAAGACUUUGACACCGAAUUUCUCGAACUCAAACUGGCAGUCAGAUCGGUCGAAAGUACACAAGAAGCGAUAAAGCAUAUCAACGAGCAUUCGAGUCAUCAUACCGAUGCAAUCAUCACCGAGUCAGAACAAGAUGCACGGUUAUUCUGCAGAGGGGUAGACAGCGCUGGCGUCUUUGUCAAUGCUUCAACGAGGUUCGCAGAUGGAUUCCGGUAUGGCUUUGGAACGGAAGUAGGCGUGAGUACAGGCAAGACGCAUGCUAGAGGUCCUGUGGGUCUGGACGGACUCAUCAUCUACAAAUACCAAAUCAAGGGGGAAGGGCAGACCGGCUAUGCGACGCUGGACUAUGGCGUUGGCGAAGGCCUCAAGCCUUACUUGCAUACGCCUCUGUCUCAACAUAGACCCUACUGAAUCAAAAUGUUGUCGAAAGAUGGGA